AUGUCUGUUGACCCUCAGAUUUUAUUGGCUAAGGCUGAUAAGAAGGCCGCCCCUGCCAGUGGCUUUUCCAAGUUAUUUUCUGGUAGCUCUACCUACCAAUAUGAAGAAGCAGCCGACCUUUAUAUACAGGCUGCCAAUGUGUUUCGGAUACAGAGAGAAGGACGCGCUGCUGGCCAAGCGUUUGAGAAGGCAGCUGCAGCUCAGCAAAAGAGCGAGUCGAAAGACGAAGCAGCCAACACACUGGUGGAGGCAUACAAGUCAUAUAAGCAGACAGACCCUGAGGAUGCGGUGCGGGUGUUGAAGCAGGCCAUUCAAUUAUUUACCCUGCGAGGCCAGUUUCGACGAGCGGCCAACUAUGAGAUGGACCUUGGAGGAAUCUACGAGAAGGAGUUGGUGAACAUUACCGAGGCUAUUGCCGCAUAUGAUACCGCAGGUGAGUGGUACUUCCAAGACCAGGCGGAGGCUCUGGCCAACAAGGCGUUUUUGAAGGUUGCGGAUUUGUCUGCACUGAAUGGAGAUUAUGCACAUGCGGUGCAACGAUAUGAGCAAGUUGCACGGGCCAGCUUGAACAAUAAUCUGACGAGGUGGAGUUUGAAGGAGUAUUUUCUCAAGUCUGGUCUGUGUCACAUUGCUGCACAGGAUCUUGUUGCAGCAGAGCGGGCAGUUUCGCAGUAUAUGGAAUGGGAACCGAGCUUUGUUGGAACUAGGGAGUGUCUUUUGCUGCAGGAUGUGCUUCAGUGUGUGAAGGAUUCAGAUGCAGAGCAACUUUCGGCCAAGUUGUUUGAGUAUGACCAGUUUUCGAAGCUUGACAACUGGAAGGCAACUAUUCUGCUUAAGAUUAAGAACAACAUUGCCAAUGCCGAAGAGGAUAUUUUGUAA